AUGUGCUACGCGGGCCGAGCUUAUAAACGGGCCAAACAAAAGGUCCAGAGUAACACGGAUCUAGGCCUACUCCAGGCUGCCGUCCAGGCCUACAGGGACACUCACGCUCGCUCCCCACGAAUGUCGUCGCGUGCGGCCACCAGAAUUUUCCUGACGCCGUCGUUGCUCCCACUUCCACUUCCCAAGUGGCUGCGUAGGCGGCGGCCAAGCAUCGGCCCAGCGAGGAGAGCCUUCGCGAUGGCGGCGUCUGGAUUCGGAGGCGGCGAGGCGUUCCGGCUGUCGGCUGCGUCGGGGGCCGGCGCGCUGAAGCUGCACAAGGGCGACAUCACCCUCUGGUCCGUCGACGGCGCCACCGACACCAUCGUCAGUGCUGCUAAUGAACGAAUGCUAGGAGGGGGAGGUGUUGAUGGAGCUAUACAUCAAGCUGCUGGACCACAGCUUGUUCUAGCAUGCCGUGAAGUUCCAGAGGUUAAACCUGGAGUCCGUUGCUCUACUGGAGAAGCUAGAAUUACUCCAGCUUUUGAGCUUCCUGUGUCCCGUGUGAUCCAUACAGUUGGGCCCAUAUAUGAUAUGGACAGGAAGCCUGAGGUAUCACUAAAGAAUGCAUACGAAAAUAGCUUAAAGGUUGCUAAAGAGAAUGGCAUUCAGUACGUUGCAUUCCCUGCUAUAUCUUGUGGUAUUUUCCGUUACCCUCCAAAGGAAGCAUCAAACAUAGCUAUUUCAGCUGCUCAACAAAUUUCAGGGGAUAUUAAAGAGGUGCAUUUUGUUCUGUUCUCGGAUGAGCUCUACAACGUUUGGCGUGAGACUGCCCAGGAGAUGCUGACGCAAUUUGAGAAAUAA